AUGACAAUUUAUUCCACGGCAAAUUGGAACCGAUGCGUCUGCUCUCUCUCAAUCGAGGAGUCGCCGCAUCCGAGACUUUUACGUCUGACUGAUAAUAAGCAGAGGCGAACGUCGGCGAUGCGACAGCUGUUGGUUCGCAGUUCAACAUUACUUCAAACACUAUCCGUCUACAAUCACACUCGUCACUUUAUCACUGGCACUGCUCAAGAACUGGGGAGAGAGGGCAUGAUGGUCGCUCCACGCGCGUCACUCUGGCCACGCUCACCGCUGAGCCUCGAGCCCUCGUGGGGACGCGGUUCAAAGGCUACCCUAUCAGGUCGCGUCGUCGCCGGAGGUCUGAGAAUUCGGUCCCGACACGCGUCCAUUACCGAUUCGCGCGCCCGCGCCGUCCGCGGUCCGCCGCACCGCCGCCGCCACUGGCGGAUCGGGAUUAUUUAUAAAUCCACUCGUACAGGGGGUCGUAGAAUUUCGCGCGACGCGGUACGCCAAAACGUUCGUCUGCACCGAGCCGCACCGGAAGUGGGGCGUUGGUGUGCCGGGAUCUCAGCU